AUGGAGGAGGUUCAAAAACCAACCGAAAACACAAAUCCAGAACCUUCAGACUCCAACAAUGGCGAAACGUUCUUCGAUGAUAUAGACAGCAACUGUUCCACUCCUUACGUGAGCGCUCCUUCAAGUCCAGGGCGCGGCGGACCACCUAUCUCCUCCGGUUACUUCUACAGUGCUCCGGCAAGUCCGUUACAUUUUUCUAUAACCGCUUCUUCCUCUUACCACCACCAAAGUACAACAAACUCUUGUGUUCCUCUGAGUUACGAGUUCGAAUUUUCGGCUCGGUUCGGAUCCACUGGUUCGGCCGUUCCCGGUUCAAUGAGCUCCGCGGAUGAGUUGUUCCUCAACGGCCAGAUCCGUCCCAUGAAGCUUUCUUCUCACUUGGAACGUCCUCAGGUUCUGGCUCCUUUGCUGGAUCUGGAAGAAGAAGAUGAAGAGGAAAGCGAAGUUGUUCGGGGAAGAGAUCUGAGGCUGAGAGAUAAAUCUGUUAGGAGAAGAACCAGAUCUAUGUCGCCGUUGAGAAGUAACACGCGUAUGGAGUGGACAGAGAACGAGAACAAGGAAGAUGAACAUGAUGAAAAUGAAGUUUCUGAGAUUGAAAACCAUGGCAAUGAAAAUGGCGAAAUGGAGAAUGUUGAAGUUGAUGAGAUGGGUUUGGAGAGAAUAGAGAUAAUAGCACCUUCAGACUCAGCUUCAUCUUCUAGAUCUUCUUCAGCUGGAAGAAGCUCUAAGAGAUGGGUUUUCUUGAAGGAUUUUCUAAGAAGCAAAAGUGAAGGAAGAAGCAACAACAAGUUUUGGUCAACCAUUUCAUUUUCUCCAAUAAAAGACAAGAAAUCAAACUCCAACAAUCAAAAUCUACAUCCCCAGAUUUCAAAAGAGAAAACUUGUGAAACACAGAGAAAUGGUUCAUCAAGUAAAGGUAGUUCUUCUUCUACGCAGAGUUGGGCUAAGAAAAUGACGGGAAAGCCCAUGAAUGGUGUUGGGAAACGACGCGUUCCACCUUCUCCACAUGAGUUACACUAUAAAGCAAACAGAGCACAAGCUGAAGAGUUGAGGAAAAAGACGUUUUUGCCCUACAGACAAGGUUUGCUUGGUUGUUUGGGUUUUAGUUCUAAGGGUUAUGGAGCCAUGAAUGGCUUUGCUAGAGCCUUAAACCCUGUUUCCUCAAGGUAA